GUCAUCAUCCACGUCACAUAACUCAACAAUCGCUCCUUAGCAAUCCUUCCCAAACGUUUCCGUAUCCCUUCCGACUGCAAUGAAAUUCCUCAGUUGCGCUGCUCUGCUUAUAAUCAUGGCAACCGGCAUUGAUGCUAGUCCCGCACCACCACCAGCCCAUCAGGCAGUAGCUGCUUCAAAGGUCACCAGCUCGGCGACGAAGGCUUCUCCAACGGCGCAGAGUGAGAGCUCCGACGUUACAGCUAAAGUGGUCUACGAGAACCCCAACCCCCCAGUGACCUUGCCAGACGAUACCCGCCCCGUGGCCAUGAUUCCUGACGCAAGUACGGGGAGGAACACUGCGGGAGGAACUGCGACCGCAAAGCCUGCAGCCACACCUGCAGUCACACCUGCGGCGAAGAAGGCCGCUGACAAAGGAGGGAAGGUGUGAUUAACUUGAAGUUAUAAAAGUAAUGGAAGUACUUAGUAAACACUCGGGAGGCAUUACAGGAGCGGAGUAUGGAGUUUUGCAUUUUACUUUGGGCGCUUGGUACUCGUUUGCAUGGCUGUUGAGACCUUCUCCAUUUUGGAUUUGCAUAGGAUCUUAUCUAAGGAAUAUAUCAUUAAGAAAGCCAG